ACUAGGAAUUUAAUUAUGAGAUGUGGCGCUCAACGCAACUCAUGUCAGCACGUCAAGCACAGAGGAAGAAAACAACCGCGAAACGGGCUGACAAAAUCUGAUCAUAACUUUAUAAACAUGGCAUCUAAAAAGCUUCCAGCUGUGCGGAAAGUAGAGAAAACAUCAAGUGACUCAAAAAACCCACCCAUCAGCAGUGAGAUGGCAAGUAAAGAGCAGAGAGCCAAUCAGAGCAGUGGGCCUUUACUGACAAGUCUUAAAGGAGAAACCGCACCAAAACCCAGUGUUUCUGACAGAAGUUCUUCCACCGAUAAUGAAGCCAACAGUGGAAAUAACAGUGGUGCUAGGAGGAAAACCAAAACCUCUGGCACAAUCGUGAAGUCCCGGUACAUGCAAACUGAACCGAAGGCUCCUGCAAAGAACAGUGUACAGCAGCAAUCAAUACUGGUGCCACCCAAACCUUCCUCACCCAGAGUCAGCAGCACACGGAACCCGAGAGAAAGCAUACAGUCAAGACGCACACUGAGCACUCCUGCAGACCAUAACGCUACCUUGAUGACGAGCAUUCUGGAAUCCUCCAAUAUGGGAGGAAAUAUCUUGCAAUCGACUGUGUUGGAUGGUCACUGCAUACGUCCAGAUUUUGAUGUCUCUGUUAUCAAAGAUAAAGUUGCACCGCCAAGCACAGUGGACCCCAAAAAUGAUGAAAGGGAUAUGGCGAUGGAGACAUUUUUGUUGGCCUUCCUCACUGCUAAGAUUGAGCAUAAAAAUCGAAAAUUGAGAGAGGAGGCGGAGAAGAAUAUUCUGACUGUCAUGGAGAAAGAGCAGCAGUUGCGUGCACAAGUGAAUCGCAAGAAACGACAGUGUAUGCUUUGGGAAAAACAGAAACAAAUCAACAAUUUACUGGACUUACAGAUUGAGGCUUUAGGCCCUAUUGCUGCUGCAUCAAACAAGUUUUCAGAGGAGUACAAGUCUUUUGCCACAGCAAUUGAUGCCACAAGGCACAAGCUCCCUGUGAAGAAUGUGCACAUUGGAGAGGACACGGGGCAGUUCUUAGACAAAGCAGUUGGAUGUCUGAAUGAGAGUGAGCAUGACUUGCAACAGUAUACACGGGACGUUCCCACAGAUUGUGAGGCAUCAGCAGAGUGUCUUGGAGAGAUGAAGAAUGCAGCACACGAGAUCAGCCAGCAGUUGACAAAGACAUUUUCUGAACUGCUGGAGGUGUCUUCAUUAGUAAGACGUGAGAAAGUUCUGGUCCAGACAUCACUGGAGGAAGACCAGAUGGGAAAGAACACAGUACAGACUCUCUUCUGUUCCUCCAUGUCAUGAUACAAAUCAAAGAAUUAAAGAUGUUAUCUUGCAUUA